AUGCCAGGAUCAGCUCCAAGCGGCGCUGCACAGCCUGCCACGCCGCGGCUAGAGAACGCGCAAGGAUCGGCCUGUGAAGCCCGUGAGCGGGCAGCUGCUGCACAGCUGGAGGCGGCGCGAACAGAGCGAAAGGCUCAACUGAUAUCGCGCGCAGCAUCGUUGCGGAUGCCGGUCAGCCGAUCAACACAGCAUAAUGUCGAAAAGUUGCGUGCGCAGGUUUGUGCUGAGCUCGAAAUACGAAUGAAAGCAGCUGCCCGGAGCACACGGAGUGCACGCAGCGGCGCUGCAGAGCCUACAGCUGCUGGUGUUGCUGCCUGCGCCGAGCCCGAAACGCGAGCGACAGCAGCUGGCCGGAACGCGGGCAGCGGCGCUGCAGAGCCUGCUGCUACAGUUGCUGCCGAUGCGACGCUAUGGCGCCGGCCCGCAGGACCGAAUGCAUUUGUGCAGGAGCUCUCUUCCCUGGAAGCUGGACUCUGGAUCUGGGAUGCGAAAUCGCAUAUCUACGCCAUGGCUGCUGCAGAGAUUCCAAAUGGACGGAAGAGAUAUCCUGGCAAGGAAGAUGCCUUACGGGCUGUGCUUCGUUAUCGCCAGUCUUCGUUGUCUCGGUUCACAGACGGCCUGUCAGCGCACGACGCAGUCAAUCGUGCGGAGUCAUGCCUGCGCACUAUGAUCGAUGCAGACAGCCGGGCAACACAUCGAUUGAGGUUGUCGCAAUUAGGCAUGAACACACGUGCCUUGCGGGCGCAGGAAGGCAGAGCGACCGGAAGCCAACGUCUUGGAGAAAAAAUUGUGGAGGCUGCAAACUGGCUUCGUUUCCACAAUGCUGACUUGCGUGUGUUCGACAGAGGCGGAGCAGCCAACUCAGGCGCUCGCAGCUCAGCGAGUGUUUUAUGGCAAUUUGUCCGGCUGCUAGAAGCACGAACAAAGGCCAUGCAUGUGCGAGCCUUGUAUGUGCCCGGUGAAGACAUCGGCGGAGAAACGCUGAUAGAUUAUGAAGACGCAGCAGUUUUGCCUCCUCCGCAUCUUUGUCGUUUGUGCGGGGAAGGCUACGCAGACAAGCAGUCUUUUCUUGUACAUUGCCGAGUUGCUCAUGGAAGCUGGGCGGAGUAUCGCAAACGGGUCAUUUUCCUGACGGAGGCUGCAGGCCCGCACGAAGUCAAAGCACAGGAGAAGCGUGCUAUGGUCCAAGGCUUUGCUGAGUUUCAAACGCAAGCUUCACUUGGGAGCGGUUCAAAUGAAUGGGGGCAUAUGCCACGACAGCAGCGGUGCGAGAUCGCCUGCUGCUUCUGCGCUCGGUUGGAUUGGUCGGAGCACAGGUAUCCAAUACGUCUCUUUGCAAGUGACGAGUGCAGUGGCGAAGUCGUGGGCGAGCAGGCUUCAUGCUUGGACGCUUCUUCUGAAAGCGAUGCAGAUGAUCCGAACAAGGGUGCUGUGGGUGGCUUCCGACUGGUGAAAGGUGCCUUGGUGCUGCAGAAACCAGAAAAAGUACAUGAGCUCUUGAACGUCGACCGAUACAUCUCCAGAUGGCCGCUUUUGCCAAAGUCGGAAUUGCAUGCCAGCAGCAUUCAACAUCCACACCAGCCUUGGCGCUGGCUGCUUCACACAAAGGCGGUGCCUUCCCUUCCAGCCGAUGAGAGAGUGGAUGACGCACUUCCAGUUUCCGCUGGCGUGGGAGACCCAGCGGGCACAUGUCACUGCUGCGCCGAUUGCCGGCGCGAUCUGUGCGGCUUGCGCGUGCGUAUGCCGCUGUACUGCUUAUGCAAUGACUUCUGGAUUGGCCGUGAACCGCCGCUUCUGCAAGAAGCCAGCAUGGCUACGAAGUGGCUCCUGGGGCUUGGGCGUCCCUGCUACAAGAAAGUUAUCUUGGGUAAAAGCCGCGAGGCGGACCAACCACAUGGCGUCACUGGAAAUGUCAUAUUCUUUGCUCAGCCGGAUGCGAGCACGGCAGUCAAGCAACUGCCACCACCAGCGGAUGCAUUGGUCGAUGGGCUGGUUGUUGCAUUUUGCAGAUCCGUCAAUGAUUUGCAGCAGGCCAAUUUUUUGCAAGUUUCGCGUUCUGCCUAUAUGGCGCUGGCCAGACUUCGAAAAGCGACCAAUGCCAGCUUUGCAGACAUUGAGGUGUCGAUGGCGCUUGCACAAACUCGACUGCCUGAGACUGGAGUGCCCGUGCACGUGCAAGCGUGCGCUGUGCAGGCCGAGGGCUUUGAGACCUUGGACGUGCGUCUGGGUGGACCAGCAGCUCGUCGCGAUGCAACCUGCGCUGUCGUGCAAGAGGAUGAGUGCGAAACAAAUUCGGAUGAAAGCAGUGCGUCUCCAAGUGACACUGCUGCGCAGCAAGAUGCUACAGACUCCCGGCAGUGGGGUCACCAAGAUGAUGUCGUGGAACAUGUGGCUGCCAUCGACACGCAGCAUGAUGAACCGGCGGUUCGCAUGUUACAAGUCUUGCAGACCAAAUGGCGCGAAGUGGAGAAGGAAGCUGCGCGAGUUUUACAGACUGAGCGCCGUGUCAAGCUACCUGAUGGAAGCAGCAGUGGCCCCCAUGCGUGUGUGACGGAUCUUGGCGGCCGCAAGACUUGCGACCGCAUCUGUUUGGACAUCCAGGCAGAGGCCAGAAACUUGAAUCCCAAUGCUCAAGCUCGUCUGGAAGCAACUGUCGCUGGAUGCUCGCAGCCCGUGGCCAUUUCUGCAGAGGCGCUGGCCGUGCCCUUGAAUGCGCCACUGUCCUUGUUUGAUGGGAGGACAUGGACUGUUUCUUUUGCCGAAUUUGUCUUUGGCGACGGGGUUCCCAACUUAGAGCGGGAAAGACCGCUCCUCUUUGAACAAUGGGCGCGAGCUCUCCUGGACCGAGAUGAGCUGGAAUACGACAUGCCUGGAGAGCCCAGGUUCCAGGCGAAGUCUCCCAACAGGUUUGUCCGCUCUGAAGAAAUCCUGGCCUGUAUAGGGGACGUCAGGCGACGGCUUGCGCUCUUGAUGGGAGUUCGGGGUGCACUGCAGCGUCCUGGGUUCUGGGCGGACAUCCGUUCCAUUGCACAAGCAUCGGCAGCCGAUUUUCAGCAAGCCGCCGGAUUAGUAGGGCCGACUGGCGGUGUUCGUCAAGCCCUGCAGCAUUCUGGCGUUAGCCAGAAUGUAAAGAAAGCCUUGCAACAUCUUCUUGUCUCGACUGCAAAUGUCGCAGGAACAGAGGGGCACAAAGUAGCGGUUCGACAUUUAGGUCAUUCGUUGACCCUGCUGUAUGGACCGGCAGUGCUUUUCAUCACCGUGAAUGUAGCCGAUUUGUACAGUCCCGUCAGUUUUCUGCUGGAUGGCGGCGGUGCUGGACAGCCUGCUGUGCGACGUUCCGUAAACCUGCUGUCUGAUGCUCCGGAGCUGCCGCCCCUCAGAGUGAUGAAAGAGCGUCUUGCACGCAACCCACGCGCCUUGGCCCGGCUUUUCAUGCUAUUUCAAGAGCUUACAUUUCGCUACUUGCUGGGCAUCGAUGAUGUCCGUUGCGGGCGCAAGUUUCUGCAGAGCUGGUCCUUGGGGGAAAAAGAAGAUGACCACGCUGGAUCCGGAGGUCCAAGCUUGGUUGGCUUUCCCAGCGCUGCUUUGGCCCCUAUAGAGUCGCAAGGCCGGGGUUUCAUUCCCCACGCCCACUGCAAAGUGCAUGCUGGCAAUGGUCUCUCGCUCCAAUUUCUACGCGAUCUUCUCCAAAGUGAAGAGCGAGAAUGCCAAAGAAAGCUGGAAAUGUAUUCCUUGGCUCUCAUCAAAGCUGCCGUGUCUGUCCAGUACGACUCUGCCUGCGAAAGCGCGCAGCAGCAUGGUGUUUCCGUGCCUGCCGAACCUUACACGCAGAAGCAAUGGAAACAAUGCAAAAUGGACCUGCCAAUGACAGAAGACGAGGUGCCAGAGCACGUUCGCCGAGAACUCGCAGUGGCCGCGGCUGAAAGACGACAACCGCGGAAUGCCUGGAGGGAAGUGCCGCUGACAUAUUGCGAGCAGAGCACGCUGCCGCGCUAUCGUUUGGCAAGUGCUGCAUAUGGCUCCGACGGACGCUUGGGUUUGCCAUUUGUAAAAGACUCCAGUGGUCGCAUCACAGCACACCGCCUGCCAUCCGGCGCUGAAGCUACACAAGAUGAUCGUGUGCAGGAUGCUCAUACGUAUGCGCAAGCCUUCUGUGCGGACGUCCGGAAGCUGCAGGUGCUGAACCACACGCACGAUUGCACGGAAACCUGCUUCAAAUAUGCCAGAAGCAGUGCAAAGGAUGCAUCACGAAAGACAAAGCAACGCAAAAAUGCUCUGUGCCGUUUCUGGUUUUUCCACGUGGUGCCGGCUGCGCUCACAGCUUCCAGCCGCCCCAUACGGCGCCGAGGCAAGGUGCUAGUGCCGGAGCCCUGCAUCGCAGGAACUGAUGACCAUGGGGAAUUCGGCCGUGUGUUGCCACGUCGUGAACGUCCCUUCACGUCCUCUACGAAUGAUGCCGCUCAAUCUCAGAUCCGUGGAAACGUGGAUGUGCAGUUCCUUCCAAGAUCUUUGCCUCCGGCUGGCGACAUUGCCUCUGAAACCGAAGGCGCGGUCAUGCAAGAAUCUUCGGCCGCUAUGUUGUAUGGUUUCAAUGGCACGCAGACCUCUGUGACUUUGCGAACGAUCUGGAGCAGCGUCGUGGCCGCAUAUCGUGCAGCGCACAAUUGCGACUACUACAUUACAAAGUACCAAGCCAAGAUGUGCCAAACACUGCUGCCCAUUAUGCAGCAAAUGUACACCAGCAUGAAACGAUGGCAACAAGAGAUGGAACAGGAGAAGUCUGCUGAAAAGAAACCACGCCUCAGUGUGCACGAGAAAGCUCGCAAAACUGCUCUGAAGUUGGCGUCUGCUGCAAACCGUUGCUACUGGCAUAGUUUCUCUGAAAUUUACUUGAUGGUGCAAACUGGCGACGAUUAUUAUGCGACCCAUGUGAUGGUGACACUGUUCACAAGACGCUUGCUGUACAUGAUGGAGCAGAUGAAGCGAGUAGCUGAGCAGCGUGCUCCUGCUGUCCAGCCCCUGGACGUGGCAGUUCACGUUUUGAACCUGAGCGCGGCAGCGCUUCGGUCUGAAGAUGAUCCAGAAGAUGUGUCGGACGAGGCGGCCUCGGACAACGAUGGCCAGGAAGACCCUGGCGACGUGGCAGACACUGAAGGCGGCUCGGAGCCUGCAGCUGGCCACCAUUCUCCCGCAGAGCAGCAAGUCGCAACCACGAUAUUGGGCGGCUCUGGCACCAGCGCAGCAGAUGAUUGGCGACAUCGCGGGGCGCAGCUUCAUGACAUGACGUAUUUCGUCUACAUGAUGUAUGUGCACCGCGUGCCCCGCAAAAAAGCUCGGCCAGCCCUGUCCUUUGAAUUUGAUCCACACUAUGAGAUGGGUUUCGCCUAUGUGCAAGAGUUGCGGCAUCGGAUGGCGGUGCCACGUGUGCAUGGCACGUUCUGCCCGACACGCGCGCAAGAUCUGGAGCGAAACGCCAUGUACAAGUGGCUGUUGCUGGGCACUACGUGCUGCGAGGGCGAUGGGGCUUGCAACGACGUGAGGUGCUAUGCGUCUUGUCUCGCACCCAUCGGAGAUGGCACUAUGUACUCGUUUGCGGCAGCAUGGCGGAGUCGCCGCGCUCAGCUUGAAACUGUCGGACGCCGGGCUCACGCAAAGAUCUUGCUUGCCAAGAAGGAAGCGGUCCUCUGGGACUGCACACUGUGCAAGGAUUGGUAUGACAAAAACUCGGCCAAAAAACAGCGAAGCUCGGAUGCUUUACAGCUUCGAGCUGUUCUGCGUCAAUUGUUUGCACAGUUAGCAGUGCGCACCAAAGCUGGAGUGUGCGAGCGCGCCGCGCAUGCCAUCAUGGGGUAUGUGUGCAUACCACAUGCCCUCUACCACGUUUGUCCGGGGGAUGGAGCUGCCUGCGCUGCGCUAGCGACCGGGCACAACCCGGAGCAACUGACACUGGAGGAAUUUGUGUGUUUCAAGGCGCGCAAUCUCGCUGACAACAUGGACUUGACGGCAGAGGCCCGCGGGAAGCAAGUCAAACUCCGAAAGCAGCCGGACGCCGACGACAGCAGAACGGGGGAAGACUCUGCCAGUUGUCCGGAGCCUGUGGAUGUUGCCGUGGAAGAUGUUGGUGGCGGAGGUGAUGACCCAGCCUUCGACGAUGUUGACGUCGAUGAUAAUGUACAAGAAGUGGCACUGCAUGGGUCGCCAAGCCUGUCCACGCUUCGUCGCAUCGCAAAAAAGCUUGAGGCACUGAAAGCAGCCUGCUCUGGUAAGCGCUGUCAGCGAUGGAUGAAAGAUGUGGCCGCGUUUGCGAACGUAUGGGGCUCAUUGUACAUAGACGCGCGGCAGACCGGACUUGAUGCUGCACUGCCCGCGUUGUUGGAGGGGAGCCGUCUGCGAACACAUGCAGGGCAAUGUCUUCGUUUUCAGGAUGCCCACCUGGCGCUGUUGAAGAAACACUUGGUUGACGUGGAGCAUGCGCGGCACACAGAUGCCGUUGAUGCAACCAUGUCUGACUUGGUGAUGCCUCGUUCAACCUUUGAGCAAAAGCCUGCGUGCGUCCCUGUGCCCGCCAUGCUGCAGGGUCCCGGGGCAUUGGCGUGGAAGCUGGUGAAGGAUGCGACAUGCAAUCGUGAGCAAGCUGGCGUCGCUGCUUUGGUAGCUUCCUGUUUGCAGCGACGCUUCCGCGAGGCCCAGACCGCAAGCACGGAUGCGAAUGUUUCUCUGCGACUGAAGAAUGACGCGGCAACUGACAACUGCAGCAUUGUUUUACUCGGCGGUGGUGGCUGCGGGAAAACAUACCUGCUGAACAAGGUCAUACGGCCACUCGUGGAAGCAUAUUUCGGCCGGCAAAGCUUUGCCGCCCUCUGCCAGUCGAAUGCUGGGGCACGUGUUCUUGGUGGCCGGACAGUCCACUCGUUCUUAGGGCUGAAUGCGCAGUCCAGCUUGCAAACUGCAAACUUGGGAUUGAAAGGGCAAAGUCGGCAACGCAUGGAGCGCAUGACCGUGCCUCUCGGUGGCCUUUGCCUCGAUGAAGUGUCCCAAACAUCCGGUAAAUUGAUGCACGCACUCGCAUUGCGUACCAGUGCCGCGCGUUCUGCUGUCCUGAACUUUCCACAUGAGUUUUACAUGACAGAAACAGAAUUGUUCGGGCGCUGCCCAGUCACGUUGCUCAUGGGGGACUUUCUGCAGCUGCCCCCUGUGCCAGGCAAGGAUUCCAUGCUGAACAGAGCUCAUCCCUCUUUCGAACACCGGCAGGGCGCCAUGGUUCUUUCACAAGCACGCUAUGUUGUCGAGCUGAAGACCUCCAACCGGUUCAGCGACGCAGAUUUGAUCGAAAUAUUGCGCGUCAUGCGCACUCCGGGAGGCGCCAAAAUUCCCGACAGGGCAUGGGCACGCCUUGUGGCCACGAAGGUCCAUGCCGCUCCACAGCCUGUCAGCUCUGACCCGGGAAGCUGCGGCGCUGCACAGCCUGCAGGUACCGUCAGCGACGGAGCUCUGCCCCAGGGCACGCCGGAUGGAAGAUUGCUAGCUGCGGCCCGUGAGGGCUGGUUCGAGGCUGCUUAUGCAUGGAGUACAGUCGCAGUAGCUCAGCAGCUGCGUGCUGAAUGCACUGCCGCUGUCAAGCAUGCUACAUUGCUAUAUGUUCCGGCUAUAGACGUGCCGGCCGUCAGCCUUCCCAAAGCCGAGUUCUCUGCAAUGCUGGAGACAAUGAACAUGACAACGACCAAAAAGCUAAUGAGCAUCCUCCCAAUACAUGUUGGUCAACGAGUCAAAUUUACGACCGCGCUUUUGCCUCCGGUCGUGGUUCCGGAAACCACAGGUGAGAUUGUUGGCGUGGAGCUUCAUCCUUCCGAGCCAGAGCUGGCGUCUCGUGCCACCGUCCGUCACGAAGGCGCGGCGGUGCUGCAGUUCAUGCCUCGAGCCAUCUACGUCAGGAUCGACGACUGCACUGAAAUCUUUCUCGCAGAAAGAGGUCAGACGCUUGCGUGGAGUGACCAGCCCGACAACUUCUCAGUGGAAGGAGUUAUCGCAGUUAAACCCCGUGUGCACACGUGGUUCUAUACUGGUGAGAAAGUCCGAAAAGGCGAGCGUCAGCACCAUGUUCAAGUGAAGCGUACGCAAUUUCCCCUAGCCCCAGCGGGCGUCGCAACGCUGCACAGCCUCCAAGGACAAACAGCCCGUCCUGGCUUGGUCGCGCAUUGGAGCCUCCCACCGAGCCUUACGCAAGAGCAGAUAUGGCUUGCCUAUUAUGUUCUGCUCUCCCGCCCUGAAUCUUUGAACUGCUUGCUAAGCGUCAAUUUGCCAGACCGACGCGUGUUGGAGAAUGGGCCGCCGGAGCAACUGCAAAACGCCUUGCGCGAACUCUUCGACGAAAAGCUGGCGCAGUCGGCUACAGCUAUUGAAGAUGCACUUGCGUACCUGGGUUGGGAUUUGAACGAACUGUAG